GGUCAGAUUCUGGCUCCACUUUUAUGUAUUUGGUUACAGUAAAGGGGUUGUAUUCAAAUAACUUCCUAAUUUUAAAGAGCAUAAUUUACUCAUAUCACUAUUUCAAGAAUGAUCUUAGAAACUAGACAUUUUAUUACAAAUGCUAGUAAGUCUUCCACUCCUCAUCCAUUGAGUCAAUGUACUGGGACAGAAUUUCUAGCAUCUCCAGUUUAUCAGGAUAGGAGUGACAGUUGUAGUGAUUUAGCAAGGUAAUAAAAUGAAAUUAUAUCAGCCAUUAUUUGUGGACCCAGUGUGCUCUCUUAGCUGCCUGCAGCUUGCUCUUCCCAGUUCUUUCUGCACAGUCCAAGAGGAGGUCUGAAUAGGUUCUCAGCUUUCAGUUGAUGGUCUAUCAAAAUUAGUAUUCAGAGGUUGCAGCUUGUAGCAAGCACAUUUAUAGUCAUAUGAGAAGUGCGUGGCUUUAUGGGAGCUCUCAGUUUGGAAUUGUGUCUGUUUUCAAAAAGACAUGUACAUAGCACAAAAGAUGAAAAUGAAAGAACUCUGCUGUUUCCUUCUUCUAACCUGGGUUCACCUGGGCGAAAUGAGUUUAACCCUUUUGUGUUAAGAGUGCUGAACAUCCUAUGUCACAAAGGGACAGGAAACUAUACUCUGUGAGAAUAACUCAAACCUUUACACUUCAUGCUUUGGGCUCUCUCUUCAGUGAUUUGAGCACUUUGAUUUGGAAGGAAAAAAAAAUAAUCUGUUAAUUGCCAGUAGCUUUCUGACCUAUCUGACUUUGUACUAAAUGAAUUUGAAGCUCUACAAGGAGGGUUCUAAACAUUCUAAGCAGUUUUUUGUGUGUUAAAAUUUUGACCAUAGGCUGGUUAAUUUUCGCCUUCAUGCACGGAGAAAAAAAAAUUAAACCCGUGGAUCUGUGAGGUGUCCAAUUUCUGGAGAGAAGAAAGUGUUACUUCCCCUUUAAGCCUGGCGCCGUUCUUGUGUGUGAGUGUGCGGGCUGUGUGUGUGAGUGUGUGUGUGUCUCCUCCUCUUUGAGUGACACAGCACUUAGAUAUGCCUAUCAGUAACUUAAACCCCACAAACUCCACCUUCUAAGUGAGGAAGCUGUGGGUUGAUGGAAAUGUAGUGAGCAGAUCGAGACAGACAGUGAAUCAUUAGCAAACUGCAACGCCAGGAUGAACUUGUCUGGAACCUAAAAGGAGAAAACAGGCUGCGAGUCCUCUGCGGCGCUGGGUUUGCUCAAUACAGCCAAAGUGGAUCUAAAAGCCAGUUGAUUCCCAGUCCAAGAUGCUGCUGGUUUCCCAGCGGGUAGAAGCACCACGGAUGGAGCCACAUAUUCCAUUACAGGGAUCCAUUAAAAGAAAACUGGAAGAUGAUAGCUCUCCUGCCUCCAGUGGCGUGCCUGAUGUCACUUUCCCAAAUGACAGUAAAAGACUUUGUCUUGAUGAUGUAAACCUUGCCAUGGGCCAAGGUGCCAAUCCCAGCAUGGCGUGUCCAGAAAUGCAAAGUUCUCCAUUCCCCACCGGUCACAGCACUUCUUCCCUGAGGGUCACAGGGCACCCAGUGCUCCUGGAAAACAAUCACAUGAAUGGGGGUGGCAUUGGCUCCCCAUUCUCAGUGCCAACCAACACAGAAAUAAAUCAGAAGGGGUCAAUAGGAGGGCAGACCAACAACAUUGUCCAUUACGAUGAGAAAGGAAACAGCUUACAGUCUGUGGACCAAGAGCUGCAAGAUCUAUUGGAAGAGCUGACCAAAAUGCCUGAUCCUUCUCCCAAUGACCUGGAUCUGGAGAAGAUUUUGUGCAGCAAGGCUGAAGAUCCACUCAGUCUGAGUCAUUCCCAACCAAACAUAAGUACCACUCCAAAGUCCUCCCCGCAGACUUCCCACUUGGAGAACCAUGUUGCUAACAAAGACUUUUCUCCAGGCUGCAAUCCAACCAGUGGAGGAUCCCCUCAGAUGAGACCAUCAUCUGCUGGAGCUAACUUCCAGGUUCCUCCCUCAAACAAACCUGCUGCAUCACCCAUCUCUGCAGCAGCUCAGAACAAAAACCAGCCACCACCGAUGCUCCCGGUACCCUUGCCCAACAUGCCUGGCUCCAACUGGCAUGCUCAGCAGCUAAAGCAGCUGGCUGCCAGCAAGCAGGUGUCUGGUACCAAGCAACAAGUACAGGCUCCCAGCUGGCCAACUAUGUCUCCUCCUGGUCUCUCUCCGCCUUACAGGGCAGGAUCAUCCCCACACCAUCAACCUUUUAGUCCUCAAAAUGUUAUGGUGUCUGGCAUGGCUGCUAAUAAUUUACCAGGAAACAAUAUUCAGAGUCCUCAAAACACUCUGCUUUCAAGCAUGACUUCCAGCAGCACCCCAUCCAAUGGCCCCUCUCCCCCCUAUGGCUCUGAGAAGCUCUCCAGUCCAGCUCUGAGCCAGCAGCCCUUCAGCCCUCAGAGCUCCAUGCUGCCUGCUCUGACUGCACCCAGCUUGCCAGCCAGCAGCAUUAAAAGCCCACAGAACAACCUGGUUGCCAGCAUGGCCUCCACAAAUACUGGACCUUCUCCACCGUACAGGCCAGAAAAGCUGUCAAGCCCUGCUCUGCAUCAGCAGCCCUUCAGUCCUCAAGGUACAUUAAUCUCUAACAUCACUCCCACCAGCAAUCCCACAAAUAUGCAGAACUCGCUUUUUAAAUCAAUGACUACAAACCAGACCAAAAAUAUGAACAUAAUUAUGCAACAGCCAUCCAGUAGCUUACAGCCAGGUCUGGUGAAUGAGAGCCCUGUUAGCCAAGACCAGUUUUCUUUCAACAACACCAAACCACUGUCUCACUUUGCCUCAGAGUCAGCUACUCAAAAAAUGUCCCCUCUGACAGCAGGACAAGGACAGCAGUCCCUCAUUCACUAUCUCCAGCAGCAGCAGCAGCAGCAGCAGUCCCCAGCCACACAGCAGUCCCAGCAGAGCAACAACAGCCAGUUCCUCCAGCAGCAGUUCCGACAGCUGAUGCAGCCACAUCGGAUGCAGAGACAGAUGCAGGCUGCCACACUGCCAUCUCAAAGCAGACAGGAUCAAAGCCCUGGCAUCGUUGCCAGGUUGCAGGAGCCAGGCUCCAUCCCGAGCAGCGGCUCCGUGCCGGCACCGGCCACGGUCAAUGGGUACACGAUGAGGAACCAUCUCCUGAAGCAGCAGAUCAUGAAACGGCAGCUGAUGCAGGAAAAGCAGAGACAAAACAUGCUGGGAGUAACAUCUGAACAGAGGAGCUUGUUUGCAGCUCAGCAGAUAAACCAGUUUCAAGCCGUGCAGCAGCCCAUUCCUGCUGACUGCAACCAGGUGCUUCCCGCUCCUCCGCCCAACCACCGCAUGCUGCCAUCAAACCCAGCCAUGCUCCAGAGCACCUUGGGCUCUGGCAUGGCCUCAGCCACCGCCAGCCAGAGCAGCGGGACCAUGGUGAUGAUUCCACACAACACUGGCAAGCAGCAGGGGAUUUUUCCACCUAAUUCUGACUUUAACAUCCCACUGCAGCCAAGCCAGAACUCACUAGGCAUGAACUCGGGGUGCCAAACUGUUCACAGCCACUCCACUGUGAGGCCGGGAAUGCCAAUGGGAGGCUUCAGUUCUGGCUCCUUAGCAAAUCACUCUGCAACACAGCAACACUUGAGGCAGCCGAGCAUGCCAAGAAUCCCCAACGUCUAUCCCAACUCAUCUGCCCAGAUGUGGACACCCACUACUGUGCCAAGAAUGCCGAAUCAAAGCCAAAUGGAUACCAGCAUGCAGCAGUUUUCUGGGAACACGGUGUUCUCCAAACAGGGCGUGAGGCCGAGCACACCGGGCCAGGCGUUCUCCCAGCAGGCUGUGGUGCCACCAAACCAGAUCGCUCCUGGCAUCCAGGUCAGGCAGAUGCAGAAACUGAGCAUGGGACAGUCUGGCCAGGGCUUGAGCUCAAUGAGUAAUCAGAACUUGAGACACAAUUUAACCAGGGGACCGUUGCCAGCUAUGAAUGUUAUGAAAUCGUUGCCCCAAGGAGUGUCCAGUUUUAACCACCUCAAUCCUGCCCCGGGGCUGGGCCCGCCCAGCUACCCUUCCACUGGCCAGCCCGACGCCUUCAGCAGGAUGAGCAGCGCUGCCGAGCUGCCCCAGUACGACUUUGUGUCCCAGCACAGCAAUUCCAUCAUGCCUGCCAACUGCAGCGACACCGACUUCCUCGACUCCCUCAUGAAGAACAGCAGCAGCAGCAACGAUGAAGAGUGGUUGAACAAUCUGACAAUGAUAGAUGACAUUUUGGGACAGCAUGCUCAAAGCUCUGGACACGUUUAGCUCGGAGAGAAGCAGCCUCGUUGUAAAUAACACACGUAUGGCUUUGAACAGAACAGACAACCCGUGAAAGCCACUGCCUCGUUCAAUACAGAGGGAACAGACUCAGCCAAUUCUUUGCCUGCAUCAAAGUUUAAUAUUGGCAGUUUUUCAGAUGACUGUAUAUAUUUGAAUAUUUUGUAAAUUAUGUUUUCCUAAACCUUAAAUGUAGAAGUAUUUAUACUUCUUUGCUGGACUCUUUGUAAAUAAAUCUAUAGCAUAACUUUUGGUUUUAUUAUAGGGAUUUCAUUAUACCUUGUUAUAAAUAAUGCAAAUAAUAUUGUUAGUUUCAGUAAUACUGUGUAUUACAGCAUAAAAUACUUAUGUUUUUGACAUAACUUAACACAUGAUCUAGGGGUGUCAUUGCAACCAGACUGAGCAGAAAUCAAAUGUGGCAUUUAUUCUCCCAUAUCAAGAGGAAAGAUUGAAAAGUUGCAUUAAAAAAAAAAACCAAAAAAACAAAACAAACAAACAAACAAAAAAAAACUAAAAGGAGCUGCUGAUUCCCUCAUCACUUAGUCUUGCAGACCAAACCUGGUACACAGGUCUCAUCCAGGCACCCAGUGCAUUCAGGGAUCUGCUUGCAGAGAUCCAUUUGCCAGAUCCUGGGCAUGUUCUCAGCUGGACACACUCCAGUAGGUGGCUGUGGCAGUGCUGUCCUGCAGGGAGUGUGUGCUGGUGUCCUUCAGUGCUGACAGUGUGUGCCUGGGGUCUCAGGCUCGGCGUGGUGUGGCCCAUGGUGGCCACACUGGACAGGAGGUGCUGGGCAGGCACUGCCCAGCUUCCAGCCACUGAACCCUUCAGCAAAAAGGUAGCUCUGGUUUGUGCACCUCUACCAUGUAUAUUUGUAGUGUACAGGUGAUUUGUUCCUGGUUUUAAGGCUUUUCAUAAUUUCUGUUUUAAUGUAAGACUUUUUUCAGGGGAAAAGUCUACAAACAUUAAUAGUUAAUUUUUGAUGUUUUUCUGUCUGCUACUAUUGUCCUCUAUAUUUAAGAGUCUGUUUAUAAAAGAUUCGCUGUACUGUAAACUUCUUAAAAUGUUCAUACUUUGUGUAAUCAUAUUUUAAUAGUCACGUCAUACUUCGCAAUACAUUUGUAAUAUAAUGUCAGCUUCAAGCACAGAAUGUUUUUUUCUUCAUACCAUAAUAAACUGCCAGGGGAAAAUUGCA